UAUUGAGAGCUGGGGAGGACCAGAUAAUGGUAUCAUGGGGCCUGAACCAGAGUUUUCCAGCGGGGACGGACGAGGCCUACAGGAAGGUGAAGGUGAGGCUGUGCUACGCUCCGGUAAGCCAGGCCGACCGAGGGUGGCGAAAGACGGAGGACGAUCUCUCCAAGGACAAGACGUGCCAGUUCGACGUCGCCGUCCGGUCCUACACCACGACUACUUUGACGAGCUUCGAGUGCAAGCUAUCGAGAGAAUUGCCUACCGCCACCUACUUCGUGAGGGCUUACGCCCUCGAUUACAAUGGCAGGGUGGCGGCCUAUGGCCAGACCACCGACGACCACAAGGCUACCAAUUUGUUCGAGGUCGUAGGGAUCUCCGGUCGGAGUCUCUGGUUGGAUAUUGCCGCCGGGUGCUUCUCCGGCUUCUCGGUUGGGUCGCGGGUGGUUUUCUUUGUGGCUGAUAAGAGGAGGAAGACCAACAACAAUUGA